UCCUCAGAGGUCAAGUGCAAGACAAUUAAGAUAGCAACGAGCAUAUUGUGUGUCUAUGAGAGAGCUAGAGAGAGAGAGACAUACACACAAACACACAACUCAGAGAGAGAGAUUUUAAAAGGACACAAGUGUAAAAACUGAAAAAAAAAAAAAAAAAAAAAAAAAAAAGAGAUCGAGAGGCAAAAAGGGUGGGAGAGGACUCACAUGAUUUCCAACAAUAUUCCAAGGAAGUUGCAGCACUGGCAUGAUCUGUAUCCAUAAUCUUCGCAGAACCGAGAAACACUUAUGCAUCUCAGUCAAUCGCCUCCCUCACUGCAUCUAGGCAUCGGUUAUAGAAUAAAUGUUUGAUUACUCGGAAGAAGGAUUGAGCAACGCACGGACCUAGCUGAUAAAGAGGGAACUAAUCAUUCUGGGGAACUAAGCAGCUAGCUAGACAUAAUGGAUGAGCUAGAAUUUGGUUAUCAGGAAGCUGAGAAGAGUAACGAGAUCAGCGAGGAACAAGUAGAAAACGGAUCAGUGGGAUCGUCCCAGAAAUUCUCAUCCUUCGAUUUGAAUGAAGAAGCAAGUAGUGACAAUGAAGAAAGAGGCCAAGGGAAUAAAGCUGCAGAUAAUGAUAUCUCUAGUGAAGGAAAUGAAGGGCGGAGAGUUAAAGUAAGGCAAUAUGUGAGAUCGAAAAUGCCUCGUCUUCGGUGGACACCUCAACUCCAUCUUUCUUUUGUGCACGCUGUUGAAAGACUGGGUGGCCAAGAUAGAGCAACUCCUAAAUUAGUUCUUAAGCUAAUGAAUGUGAGAGGACUUAGCAUUUCUCAUGUAAAGAGUCACUUGCAGAUGUAUAGAAGUAAGAAGCUUGAUGGGAAUGGCCAAGUAUUAUCUGAAAACCACGAAUCCAAGCAUGGAAGGGAUUACAUAUCUUGCAUGGUGCACCAAACAACCAACCAGCCUCGUCGACAUGUAUACUUUAGAAUGGACAACGGUGGCAUCGUUGUAGCAACAAAUCCACACGACUGUCAUAGCCAAUCACAGCCAGAUUUUAAAGCUAGCUCAAGGUCAAGUUCUCUACUAAACAAAGAACUCGCAAAAGGCAACAACUCGAACAAAUCUAUAGAUACAAUCUUGCAAACUUUACCGAUAAACCCUAGCAAGUUUCUUGAGGAAAGGCCUCCAUUUGAAACGAUUAACAAACAACAAUGGAGGGCUAAAAGAAGACCAGCUGCCAAAAUCAAUUGGUCAGAUAAUCGUCAUGGCUCCCAAUCUGACCAUCUAAUGCAUCAUAUGCACACCACACCAAGGUUGAUAGGGGAAUCUCACAAUUUAAGACCACCAAACUGGCACCUUGGAGAGAGCAGAAACGUAAGGCAAUUUCCAUCAAACACACACAAUUCUAUCACCAAUUCCAGUUGCUACAAAACCGAAUGCAAGUCGCCAUUUAGGUUUGAGCUGAAUGAAGAAAAUUUUUCUAAGUACAAAGAAUGGAUGCCACAACUGGAAUUGGGUCUGGGCCAAAGAGUUGAGAAUUAUGAGGAAAAGAAGAUUCUUUCCAGACAUCGUAUGGUUAGUGAAGAUCAUUAUGGAACUGGGCAAAGAGUUAAACAGGAAAUUAGCACUAAGCUUUCUCUUUCUCUUUAAUUCUUGUUGUCGACCUAAUCUGGUCUGAGGUGCAAAUAGUGAAUAUAAAAGUAUAUCCAAACAAAUUUCCAGUCUAUACUAAUUAAUGUCAUGGAGCCAGCCAGGCAUUGAGGAGGCUGGUUAGUGAUUCCCAGGUAUAUAUCUCCAUCGUCUUCCCGAGACCCCCUUGGCUCGGCCUGUGUCAAAAGUUCUCAACGUACUGUGAAAUACUUGUUCUAAAAGCAUUUAUAUAAGCUUAGGGUUUUUCUUUCUCUUCU